CCGCCGUCUCGUGGAAGGUUACGGACUCUCCUUCGGAGGCGGCCACACACAUCUCUCCGCAAGCACGAAAGGUCAGGCAAGGUGGCUGCGCCUCAUUCAACCGCCGCAAUGUGCAAGGCCGUCUGACUCACACUUGGUCUCGCUGUGUCGUGUUUGCAGAACGCCCCAGUCGCUGAAGUGCCGGGCAUGUCACUGCAGCCCUCGUCUCCCCUCUGGACCACACCCUGCAAAGGGCGCUCGAGCAGGACACCGUCCCUCAGUGAAGACAGCUUUCACAGUGCAAACUCGCCCAUGAGGCGAAUGCACACAUCCUCACUGUCUUCACUGACGCCACCUAAGCCAGAAAAGUUGCAGAGGCGUCGCAGCUGGCGGGAUUUGAGAGACAUUUUCGACGAAAUCCAGCAUGCAGCCUGCCUGGAGCACGCCGAGAUGGAAGGACGGAGAGCGAGACGGCGGAAAGGGGGCGGGCCGGCGGGCACGAGUUUCAAGAGAAGCGGCUCUACAGAGCACCAUCAGGCAGCGCCAGCCUGCCGCCUGACCGUCGGCACCCUCCCUCUCAGCAUUCAGCCCCCCGCCCCGUUUGAGUCUUCCUCCCCUGGCCCGUCAGCGCCUUCAUCGGCCUCGUCGUCCGCCUCCCCCUACCGGCUGCCGCCACCCCGGUCGUCUCGCAUUGUGCCAAGCAGAGGGGGGCCGGACACGUCCAUGGCAAGAGGGCCACAGCAGACCGAUGAGGGAGACACAAGCAGAGGGCUCGUUGGGAGGGGGGCUGAAGAGCACCAUGGAGGAGCAGGGGCCGGCAGUGCUGCAUCAGAUCAUUUCUUACCCGAGCCGAAUCCGCCCAGCCCCGCGAUACCCAAAUCGUGCGAACCAGAGGCUCACGUGCAUCCGAAGCACACGACGAGAGAGAAUGAUGCGCCGGCGCCUUUGGCCUGGUCGCCUCUGCCACCAUCUCUUCCACCGUGCCCGAGAACUGCAGAGGAGAAAGGCACCACAUUUGCUCCGCAGUCGCCCCAAGAUGACGACCUCCAACAACAAAACGAGAUUCUGCGGUAUGCAUUGGGUCGGGCGGAGGAGCAGCUGACGAGGAUGCAGAGGGAGAAACGAGUCAUCGUUCGGCGACUGGAGGACCUCAGGUCAUGUCUAAACGAGCAGUCAGUCAUCCUGCAUGUUACGGAGAGGUCUCGAGCGACACUGGAGGCGUCACUGGCCGUCCUCAGACAGCAGGUCAAGGACCUAAAGGCGCGGCACGCUGCCAUGCGGAAGGAGGCCGCCCAGACAACGGCAGCCUACGAGCAGGCCCUCAAGCUGGUGUGCGAGAAAGAGUCGCAACUCAAGGACGAGAUGGAGAGGAAUGCCGCCCUCGCAGACACCAACAGGGCUGCCGAGCAGCAGGUGAAAACUCUCUCGGCGUCUCUGAAGGAAAAGAACGACCACGUGAGAGCUCUAGAGGAGGAGGGAGACAAGAAGGACCAAACAAUCACGGAAAUGACAAGCCGCCUCGAGGCGGCGCUACUCGAAGUGGGAGCACUGAAGAGCGAGCUCAGGGAAGCACAAGAGGACAUCGACACACACGAGGAGGCCACGUCUCAGAAACAGCAGGAGCUGGACGCCUUAACGGCGUCUCUGGAACACGAACGCGCCGACAAGACCCGACAAGCCACCGCUCUCCAGGAACAGCUGCGUGAGGCGCGGGACCUUGCCGAGCAGCGGCAGAGAAUAAUCGUGGAAGUCACAAGUGCCGCGGCAGGCGAAGACGCCCUGCUAGUAGAUGGGAUGAGGGAAGAGCUGGAGCACCGGAGACAGGAGGACAGGAACCUGCAAGAGCUGUGCGCGACCCUCGCACAGAGACACGGCCUCUUGCCCUCUUCAUGUAGUGACCCACAAGCAGUGCUCACAUCGCUCUCUGAGAGGCUCAUGCGGACGUCGCCUGACCAACCAGCACAGCCACCACCUCCAACAGCACCACCACAGGCUGCAGCAGCAGAGGGGGAGGGGGAUCAUUCGGCGUGUCAGCCGUCUUGUGUCGCUGAGUUGUUGCAGGAAAAGGUCAAGCGUCUCACACAGACGCUGAGGAAGGAGCGGGGUGCUGAGGCGGUGGAGGAGAGAGGGAGGGGGGCGGAGGUGUGUGGUGAGGAUGGGUUGACGGGGGGUGAGGCGCACCCGGGGCUGAGGCUGAAAUGGGGCGAUGCGUGAUCGAGUUCUCGGUGUUCGUAGGUUGUUUGUGUGUUCUGUUGCCAGAGAUUGCUUUGGUCCAACAUGUGAGUGACCUUUCGCGAAUCUCAAAAAGGUAUAUUGAUGGAAUCGAUGUGAUUUAUGUGUAUGUCUGAAAGAGUGAGUGUACGUCUGUCUGGUGGGUGAGCAAAGGGUCCGAUCCAGAGACCAUGCAUGGCACGACACGCAGGGAGGGGACGGACUCUACUUACUGUCUGUCUGUCUGUCUGUCUGUCUGUGAGUAUGUGUACGCAGCAAUCCAACGCAUAGCGAAAAUGACUGAUAGGAAGAAAGAACAAGGCAGAUCGAAGGAAUAGAGAUAUAUAAAGGGCGCCAGCUCGCGUGAGCUCAGCUUACAUUGCCCUUGUACAUACAUACGUGCAUAUGAGUGGAUGUAUACGUACCGGCAUGCAUACGUACGCAGUCAGUUAGUUACUUAUUCAUGCA